GUUACAUUUUGUGAAUUGUGAUGAAUAGAGCAAAUUUUUCCACAUGGAUUUGAAGCUGAUUAAAACUAAAGUUUUCCUUUCCUAUAAAGUUUUGAUUGUUGUAAUUCAUGUGGGACAUUGUUUGUGUUUUAGUGCGUCCAAUAUGAACGCGAAAUGGGGAGAAAACUCUCUGCUUCUGGAGCAUCCAAGUGGCUGGCUGAGCUUUUGUCGCAGAAACCUGACAGCAAUGACCGUUUCUCACUUGGAAUACUAAUUGCUGGGUGGGAUUCUGAAUUGGGAGCUGCCCUGUUUAAGUUGAAUGGUAAAGGGGAAUUCGAGGAAUCCUCAAUGGCUGGAACUGGAUAUGGUGGUGGUUCCUGUUUUGGAUUUGAUCGCAAUCCUUCUCGCUUUACGUCCAUAGAUGAAGCUAAAGAUUUUGCCAAAAAUACUCUUUCUUUUAUUGCAAAUUGCGUGCCGGAGAGUGUUGGACUUGUCAGUGUCUUCAAUGUUGGCUGUAGAGGGGUGAAACAAGUUGUCUCGGAUGACAGCAUAGCUGAUUAUCUAAAGGAGCGCUACAGAAAAUCUGGGCGGGAGUGGAAAGACGAGCGUCAGCUCAACAGUUCUAUGGUUCGAGAGAGAAAAGCCUGCAGAAGGGCAGAAGAGGCAGCGGAGGCUAGGAGAAAGUUCCCGACAGCUGAAGAGAUUAGGAGAGUCAAAGAGGCUGAACAGGUUGUGCUUCGAGAGUGGAGCACGCAGAAAAAGCAUUAGAGGAGUUUCUCAUGGAGGCUCCAAAUGGAGCUUUGUGGGUGAGGUUUGAACAUGCAGAGUUUGCUCGGGCGCAAGCUUUGAUUAGGUUACAAGAGGCAAGAGAGGCUUGGGUUUCAAUACUUUCAGAAGAUUCAGGCGAAGAUAUUUAAUGAUUUUCAAUGGAAAGAGCCGUAGCUUUAACAAUGCCUGCACUUGUUAAAAUUUGCUGCUGAUAUAAGCUGAAGACCGAUCUUAUGCCCCCUUUUGAGUGUGUCUAGUAUUGAUAGGCCAAUCUAUUUAUAUAUGUGCUUUGGUUUGGUAGGACAAGUUUUCAAAAGGGUGUUUAGGCGUUUUAUAAGAAUAGAAGGUGGCA